GCGAUUACAAUCAUAACUGCACCUGUGUGACUGCAGUUAUUAUAUAAACUGCCAGGGAGCGUUAAUAAUCAGCAAGAUGGCAGCGCCCAUGUCGAUGUGAUCUGUUUGAUCUCUACAUUUUAGAAUUAGACGGUUUCAACUAAAUCUGAGGAAGAUGCUACGUUUAAAGGUACUUGCCAGCUUCCGAUCCCUACACAGAGCCAGGAAAGAUGUGUUUCAGGGGGACACUGCGGCAUUGGAAGCUGCUCGACAGAGAAUAAACCAGGAAUUCCAGAAACACAAAACAGAAACAGACCAGGGCAAGAUUGAAGAGUUAGUGAAAGUUGCGGAGGACACAGCCGUGUACAUGAGACAUGUAGUGGUGCAGGCACAGAUGAACCAGGCAGGCAGAUACGAGCUGAGGAUCCGUAAGGACAGCGGUGUACUGGUCGACAACGCCACGCUGAAACCGCCUCGACCCAGGAGAACACGGGACAAAAAAACACAGGACACGAGAUAGUACAACGUGUUCGUAUGCAACACGCUCGGAGGGGGUACCACUCCUACAGUGCAGGAUGAAGGAUUUCGGUGAUGUGUGUAUGGGGGUGCUAGCACUUCGGUUCUAUCUGGAAAAUUCGAACGGAAUAAAUCUUUCCAAAUAACCUGCCCAUUUCAGUAGGAGUAGGUUGCAGAAAACAGUAUUUAUCUGAGACCUCCAUAGUCAAUUAUAGGUUGGGUAUAAAGUACUAGUAGUGCAUCACAAUACUUAAACAAGCCAUAGAGAUUCUGCUGGGUGCAUAUUAGCAGGAAGGAAAUUUUGAGGCGUGGGAGCUUCUCAUUUUUGGUAAAAACAGUGUAAAAACCAUAGGCAAAAUACUGUGUUCUUCUACCUUCACCUGAGGUUCAAGUGGCGAGGGGAGGGGGAUGUCAACCAGUCUUUGAUACUUCUAUGUUCUAUGUUCAAAUUUAUGUGAUAUUUCUGCACUUUGACACUCAAAUCAUAUACAAAAAUGGACAAACAUAUGACAGAUUUGUAUUGUAAGAAAAGUUUGAUUUAUUUCUCCGUACAUCAGUUUCACAUUCUAUACUACCCUGAACCACUGAAGUUGUACAUACUAACAAAACAAUGGCUCAAUAUAUGUCAUAAGUUAUA